AUGGUUGACAUUCGAAUAGUCACGGAAAGUGAUCUUAUGUGCGAAGAGCUGAUCAUUGAUGUUCCACUGGUCGUGGAGCCAGCCCAAUGGCCCGAGUGUUGCAUCUAUAGGGUCCCUAAGAAUCUUCGCCAAAUAAAUAAAGAAGCCUACAGUCCAAAGCUUAUCUCAAUAGGCCCUUUUCACCACGGUAAAGAAGAAGUGAGGGACAUGGAAAAGCUGAAAGUGAGAUACUUGAAGGAGUUUUGUUAUCGAACUGGAAAAUGCCAAAAAGAAAUAGCAAGGGUCAUUGAAGAAAGUGAAGUAAAGAUACGUCAUUGUUACGAAGAGAUCUUUGAUAUCAGUAGUGAAGAUUUCGUGAAAAUGGUUUUAUUGGAUUCCAACUUUAUCAUUGAGCUUUUCUUGAGAGCUGAUGAUAAAAAGGAUUCCAUGUCAAGUAAACCAUUGUUGAAUUGCCAUAUACAGGCAGACUUGAUAUUACUUGAGAAUCAGCUUCCAUUCUUCAUUCUCGAGGAGUUAUAUUCUCGUCGCCCACAGUCAAAAUUAAAAUUCGAAGAGAGAUGUGAUCUAUAUAGUGCAACAAAGCUACAUGCUGCAGGAGUGGUAUUCAAAAAGAAUGACAAGGAAGGUCCCCUUGACGUAAAUUUCCAGAAGUGUCAGCCCUUGGAUAAAUGUCCAUGCUUCACUUGCUUAUGGCUCUUAAAUUGGUUACCAUGCUUGAAAUGCUUUUGGUGCUUGGAACGUAUGCAACCUUUGUUGAAUUUCCCAAGCAUCACGAUAGAUGAUGGAACUGAAGGCCUUCUCAGAAACAUCAUGGCAUUGGAGCAAUGUCAUUAUCCAUUUGAAGCUUACACAUGCAACUAUAUGUUGCUAUUGGAUUAUCUUAUCGACACCAGAGAAGAUGUGGAUUUGCUGGUUAAAGAAAAGAUUAUAGCUAAUCAGUUAGGAAGUAAUGAAGCAGUUGCCAAUAUGGUAAACAAACUUAGCCUUGAAAUUGUGGAAAAUAAUUCUUGUUACGCUGAUCUCGCUCAAGACCUUAAUAAGCACUAUGAUCAAUGUUGCAACCAUAAUAUGGCAUCCUUGAGAAGUAUCUAUUUUGCUGAUGUUUGGAGAGGUACCGGAACUAUUGUUGGACUUAUAGUCUUUGGAUUCACUUUCUGGAAUACCAUUAGGCCUUAUGUAAUCAAAUAG